CAUCGCCCCGCAAAGGUAUAUGAUACAAGACGUACCGACCGCUACUUGUGUAUACAUAUCGUUACAAACUCGAUAUCCACCCGCUAUCCCACCAUGACCUCCACCACACCCCUUGUUCCAGCGCCCAUCGCGACUAAGAUCCACAUAUCCCUGCUCUCCGUCGCCAUCUGUGAUGCGCUCGGCGGCCCCGCCGAAUUCCACCGGCGGGGCACCUUCCCGCACAUCACCUCCUUCGUCCCCAACAACAACUUCGGCCUUCCCGCGGGGUGCUGGACCGACGACACAUCGAUGGCGUUGUGCCUCGCCGACUCGCUGAUCAACUCCCGCGAGGGCUUCUCGGAAGCCGACCAAGGAUCGCGCUACGUCCGGUGGGUUGACGAAGGCUACCUUUCCGCGACCGGCACGUUCUUCGAUGCCGGGAUGGCCACAAGGGUGGCGGUGGAUAUCUGGCGCAGCGGCAGAGGGCUCCAGGAGAUAAAAAAGAGUCUGGACCAUAAGAAUAGAUGCGGCAAUGGAUCGCUGAUGCGCGUGCUGCCGGUGGCGCUCGCGUACUGGCGCGAUGCGGAGAACGCGAAGGCGUUGGCGAGGAGAAGCUCCGCGGUCACGCAUCCACACAGUGUCUGUCAGGAGGCGUGCGCGCUGUAUGUUUCGUUGGUCGUCGAGAUUCUGAGGAGGGCGGCAGAGGGGAGGGGGAUGAAGAAGUCGGAGUUGCUGGGGAUGGUGAAUAAGUGGGAAUGGCAGACGGAUGAGCUUUCGGCGACGUUUGCGGAUGGAAAGUGGGUCGCGAAGGAGGAGGCGAAGAUUAGUUCCUCCGGGUAUGUGGUCCAUACUCUGGAGGCGGCACUUUGGGUGUUUUUUAGGACGGAUAGCUUUGAGGAGGGCGCGAUUGAUGUGGUAAAUUUGGGGGAUGAUGCAGAUACCGUCGCCGCGGUUUAUGGUGGUAUUGCGGGCGCGUGGUAUGGUGCUGAUGGAAAGGAGUUCUGGUCGGCGAAAGUGAAGGAGUGGGGGGACGGGUUGGUCAGGAGGGACGUUGUUGAGGGGUUUGGUGAGGGGCUCGCCACACUCGAUUUGUAGACUGCUCUAUAAAACCGCUCUUUCAUUGAUCUGUUGUUUUGUUUUGUCUCGUUUGGAGGACUAACAUGACAGUGUGAAUGACCUAGCCGAUUAAGAGAUUCGUAUGGUCGGGUGGUACUAUCUCCAUGCAAAUUCUCCAGAGUUUUAUAGCCAUCUGC